AGAGACUCUACAAAAGAACUUGUGGAAAUUAGCAUCUAGAAUAACACCAGUCAAUGCUUUUUUCUUUUUUUUUUCUUUUAAAAGUUGUAGAACAUUGAAACAGUUGAAAAACAUAUCAAAAGCAUAAUGCAAAGCACACGCCGUCAAAACUCCCACAGCCACUCUGUGAAAUUUUUCAGUGACACUAGUGUGAAAUUCAGAUGAAGCUAACGACGAAAAGUAAAACUGCAUAUGCCCAUGUGGGUGAAAUCGCAGGUACCCGUGCAGGGUGGACAGAUGACUUCGAUACCGAUUACGAAGUCUUCCAGCAGGUCUUCUUAGGUCAUCUGCUAUAACAACCGGUGUAAAAAUAACAAAAAAGCACCCAAACCCAAAGCAACAACAAAAUCACGACCUGCUUCAUAUCCAGAUUAAAAGGAGCAGAGAAAGCACUACGCGCGGAGUCCCCUCGGGAAGCGGAGGCGGAUCACGAAGAAAGAAGCCGUCCCGGUGUCCGCGCCGCCGUCACGCCGCAAGUAUUUAUACCAACCCAAGGCUCUUUGUUUCCCCUCCUUCUGGAUCUGUUGAGUUUCUUUGUUGAAUAAGACAGCAUGGGUGCCCAGUUCUCCAAGACCGCUGCAAAGGGCGAAGCCUCCGCCGAGAAACCUGGGGAAGCAGUGGCUUCAUCUCCAUCCAAGGCGAAUGGACAGGAGAACGGCCACGUGAAGGUGAACGGCGACGCCUCCCCCGCGGCGGCGGAGGCGGGCAAGGAGGAGGUGCAGGCGAACGGCAGCGCGCCCGCCGAGGAGACGGGCAAGGAGGAGGCGGCCUCGUCGGAACCCGCCUCCGAGAAGGAGGCGGCCGAGGCGGAGAGCACCGAGCCGGCCUCCCCGGCCGAGGGCGAGGCCUCCCCCAAGACUGAGGAGGGCGCGACCCCCUCGUCCAGCGGCGAGACCCCGAAAAAAAAAAAGAAGCGCUUUUCCUUCAAGAAGUCCUUUAAGCUCAGCGGCUUCUCCUUCAAGAAGAACAAGAAGGAGGCCGGCGAGGGCGCCGAGAGCGAGGGCGGAGCGGCCGCCGCGGCCGAGGGCGGCAAGGAGGAGGCGGCGGCCCCCGAGGCGGCGGCCCCCGAGGAGGGCAAAGGCGGCGCCGAGGAGCCCUGCGCGGCCGAGGCGCCCAAGGAGGAGGCGGGGGACUCGCAGGACGCCAAAUCGGACGAGGCCGCCCCCGAGAAGGCGGCGGGAGAAGAGACCCCGGCGGCGGAGGAGCAGCAGCAGCCGCAGCAGCAGCAGCAGGCGGAGGGGAAGGGGAAGGGUGAGGAGGCGGCGGGCGCCGCCACGAGCGAGGCGGGCGAGCAGGAGGCGGCCCCGGCGGAGGAGGCGCGGCAGGAGCCCCCUCCCGCGGCCGAGAGCAGUCCGGAGGCGCCCGCCGAGCCGGCCGAGUAAAACGCCGCCGCCGCGAGCCCCACGGACUGGUUUUUUUUCCUUCCCCCCCCUCCCCCCUGUUUGUUUGUUGGAGUGGUGCCAGGUACUGGUCUCUCGGAGAACUCGUCUACAACCAGGGAUUGAUUUAAAAGAUGUCUCGUUUCUUUUUUUUUUUUCUCUCUCCCCCCUCCCCUGCAGCUCCCAUCUCAAAUCGCUGUGUGUUGCCGCCAUUCCAACGGGCGGAGGGGGGCCCCUCUCCGCCCUCCUCUCCCACCCUCUGUUUUUGGGGUUUGUUUUAUUGCUUUUGGUUUUUUUUUUUCAUCAGUAUUAAUGUUUUGUUUUGAUUGGUUCAGGUUUUUUUCUUCUUUUUUUUUCUUUUUUUUUCUUUUUUUUUUUUACAUUACAACUCUUCAUAUUAUAGAACUUUUCCCGAUCGGUCUAUGGACAUGCCCAUAUAUGAAGGAGAUGGGUGGGUCAAUAAGGGAUAUCAAAUGAAGUGACAGGGGCCGCAGUGGGGAACCCGGGGUGCGCAGCCCUUGCUGGGAGCGCGCCCCACCAGAAAUGAUGUAAGGGGUUAGUCUUUUUUUUAAAAGAAAGUUAUUACGAUGUAUUUUGUGAGGCAGAUGUUCUAUAAGGUUUACAACACUACAAGUCUUGAUUAAGAAGGAAAGGAAAAAGAAAAAAAAAAAUAAAAAUCAAUACCCAGAUAAAGAGAUCAUAGUCUUAGGAAUUCAUUUAAACCAUAGGAACUUUUCACUUAUCUCAUGUUAGCUGUAUCGGUCAGUGAUUAAGUAGAAAUACAAGUUGUAUAGGCUUUAUUGUUUAUUGCUGGUUUAUGACCUUAAUAAAGUGUAAUUAUGUAUUACCAGCGGGGUGUUUUUAACUGUGACUAUUGUAUAAAAAAAAAAAAACAAAUCUUGAUAUCCAGAAGCACAUGAAGUUUGCAACUCUUUCCACCCUGCCCAUUUUUGUAAAACUGCAGUCAUCUUGGACCUUUUAAACACAAAUUUUAAACUCAACCAAGCUGUGAUAAGUGGAAUGGUUACUGUUUAUACUGUGGUAUGUUUUUGAUUACGGCAGACAAUGCUUUCUUUUCCAGUUGUCUUCGAAAAUAAAAGAAAACUCUUCAGAUGCAAUGGUUUUUUUGUGUAGCAUCUUGUCUAUCAUGUUUUUGUAAAUACUGGAGAAGCUUUGACCAAUUUGACUUAGAGAUGGAAUGUAACUUUGCUUACAAAAAUUGCUAUUAAACUCCUGCUUAAGGUGUUCUAAUUUUCUGUGAGCACACUAAAAGCGAAAAAUAAAUGUGAAUAAAAUGUAUAAUUUGGUUGUCUUUCUUUUCUGGAUACUCUGGUAGCUUAAAGGGACUAGCCAGUAUUGCCUAAAUUUCUAGAGAGAAAGUCAUGUGUACUGUUAAUACUAGCUUUGAAAACUACCUUCCUAGAUCCUGGUAUCUUUAAUAUUGUGCAUCUUUAAGAGAAACUGGAAGGUGCACCACAUAAUUCAUAGGCUUUUCUGGCUCUAAAAAGAAGACUGGAAGGCAGUCUGAGCAUGUACAGUGUGUGAUUCUCCUGUCCAGGCUCCAUCUUGCUUUUAAGACCAGAGGUAUCCAGCGUAUGAGAGUCUUGCCUCUUGAGGAAAAUAAGAUUUAACUUGAAUUGCUUAGGGUGGGGCACUGAAAUUUUUACGCCAAGUUGCUUAAAAAUUAGGCUUUCAAACAAACCUCCCGCUCUUGGGGACCUAGACAAUGAGCUCAGAAACCAGCCUGAAAGGGGGAAUGAACACUGCCAUUCUGCUCAAAGUAAUUAAAAGCAAUAUUUUCUUUUUUUCCUCAAGUGCUACUCCCAAAUACAGGUGAGUUACAAAGCAGAUUUCAAAAUUUGUCUAUAAAAAUAAUCACUUGGUGCUUGCCUUUAAUUGUUAGUUUUUUGGCUUUUUUCCAGCAUAUUGCUCAGGGCAUAUUAUGCCUUAAUAAAACAGUGGGUUCAUGCAAGAAAAACAGCAGUGGUAUUUGGAGGGUGGAAAUUGAUUCAAGAAAGUGUUGCUUCUAAGUUUAUAGGAGAAAGUUUAGUGUUACACUUAUUUGCUUCCACCUAAAUUUUCAGCAGAAACUCUUUGGAAGCAAUUAUGAUUCAUUUUAUGAGAAAAUGGCACGUUAGCACCUUGUUCCCUAAAGAACAAAGCCUAAACUGAAUGAAGUACAGUAGAUAUCCUGCUGAAUGCAUACUUUUUUGUUGUUUUUUUUUUUGUUUUAUUUUUUUAUUUUUAUAAUUCAGCUGUCUACCAUUUUAACUUUGGCUUGUAUGUACUCUAGUUGCCCUGGUAUUUCUCUAUAGCUUUAGAAAUGUAUUGAAACUAUGCUAUAAUUGCUGAGGGACAAAAAUAAAUGGAUGUAAAACAAGAUCCUCCACACCAGUGUCAUUCUUGGAGUACAUGUGUUUGAAGUCUAGUGCAUAACUGCUUUGCUAAGGGGUUUUUAUAACAUGGCUGUAAAAACCUGUUCUGAGACGCAUGAUGUCUUGGCCAUAGAGUCA